AAUUAGAUUUCGGUGUCAACGUUUUCAAAAAUCUGCGUGCGUGAAUUGUGAAGAAGAAGAGACAUUAGCCGCCAUAUUUCGUCGAAAUCGACGAGAUCUGCUGCCACCUACUGUUCACCAAAUUUUGCCUUUUUCCUCCAUUUUUUUUCACCGUUUCUUGUUUCUCUGUAAAUAUCUACUGUGAAUUCAGAAAUUUCCCAUCUCCCAAAACCCUAAAUUGGAUAUAACUCACAUAUUUUGCAUCAAUUGGAAUUGGAUUCCAUUCUAAUCAUGGAUAAACUCUCAAUCACGAAUUACCUGCCUUUGUUUUUCAUCAUGUAUUUUAUCCUUUACCUCAAUGCCUACUUCAUUCUUUUCCGGACCUGGACCCGGAAGCUCCGGCCCGAAGCUUCGAGCUGUAUUAUUUCCUUAGCUCAUGGUACUCCAGCCGUGUUUUUAGCCUCCUACGCCAUACUGUCCGACCCGACCCGAAACUUCGGUUCCCCUAACACCUCUUUUCAGAACCUUGUUCUUGAAUACAGCAUUGCAUAUUUCUUGAUGGAUCUUUUGCAUUAUUUCGUAUUUUACCCCCGAGACAUACUCUUCAUAGGCCACCAUUUACUCACUCUCUACGUGUUCAUGACGUGUCGAUACUUGGUUUAUCACGGUGCAUAUGCGAUCCUGGUGCUCUUGAUUCUUGCGGAGGUCACGAGCUUAUGCCAGAACGUGUGGACGCUGGCUAGUGCACGGAAAUCAGAAGUGAAGUUUGCAGCUAAAGUGUAUGAUACGUUGUCCCUUCCGUUUUAUGCUUUUUACUCUGUGAUGAGAGGUUUGAUGGGACCUUAUUUUGUUUAUCGAAUGUUUGUGUUUUAUCUGAGUGGGGUUGCGAAUAAUGUGAUUCCUAAAUGGGCUUGGAUAUCAUGGAUUUCUAUUGUUGUGACGGCUAUUUCUGUUAGCAUAUUGUGGAUUUCAAAUCUAUGGAUUGAGCUGUAUAGUGGAAGGAUGAAAAAGAUCGAAAAGAAAAUUAGAUAGAAAUAGAAAAAUAGAAUUUGGUGAUUUUAGUUCCAUUUGUGUAAUAUUCUAAAAGAUAAAUCAAUGGAAGAACGUUUCUUUUCUGUUCAUCUGCAUCAUGCACAAUGAUUGUUGAGUUAUUGACAUGUAAUUAUGGAAUUAUACCUUUUAAAGUUUAUAUAACAUAACUGUUCUGCAUUCUGCGCA